GCGUCCCUUUUUUUUUCCCUUGCUGCUCCUUUUACUGCGCUUCUUGUAGACUAGUACGCUUUCAAGUUGAAACUUUCUACUGAAAUGCAGACUGUUUCUUCGGUUGCGGACGCGGUAAUGCCGUCCGUCGCCGUCCUCUCAAGUCGCGUAAUCCGCAUUAUGGGCCUCAACCCCGGCCCUUUUACGCUGCAAGGAUCCAACACCUAUUUAAUCGGUACGGGCACUGAGCGUGUGCUGAUCGACUCCGGCGAGGGCGUGCCGGCCUACGGCGACCUCCUCCUCAAAGCCGUAGGAGACGAGUCUUCCCGGCUUGGCAGUCCGGUUCUCGUCUCCACUCUGCUGCUUACGCACUGGCACGAGGACCACAUCGGCGGCGUCGACACAGUUCGCAAACUCUUUCCACAGGUGCGACUGCUUAAGCGGCCAUCGCAGUACACAUCGACCCGCUUUGACGCGCUUUGUGCGCUGCCGCCGGCGGAGAUCGCGGUGGAGGGUGCGACGCUGCAGCUGUUGCACACACCCGGGCACACCGAUGACCACUUCUGCGCCUUUCUCAAGGAAGAGAAGGCUCUCUUUACCGGGGACAUGAUCCUCGGCGCCGGCUCGUCGGUCUUCUCGAGCUUUACGGAAUACAUGCAGUCGCUAAAGCUGCUGAAGAGCCUGCAGCCGUCGAAGCUGUACUCGGCGCACGGCCCGGUGGCGGAGGACGGGACGGCCCGCAUUGAGGAGACAAUUCGACACCGCAACUUGCGGGAGCAUCAGGUGCUGCAGGUGCUGCGGGACCGCGCACUGGGUGCCGCGCCGAAUGCGCCGCACACAACCAAACACAACCGCACCGAGAGCAACGAAAUUGUGGGCGAGCUGAACAUUCGUGACAUCGUGGAGGUGAUUUACAAAACCAUCCCCCCCGAAUUGAAGGAUGCGGCGGGCGCGAAUGUGUUUCAUCAUCUAAAGAAGCUGAUCAGCGAGGGCGACGUCGUGGUGCGGCACGUCCCGGCGGACAUCACGGCGUAUUUGCAGGAGACGACGGACUACACCACGUUUGGCGAGGGCGCCAGCUUUGACGUGAAUCUGUUGCGCCGUAUUCUUACAGAGUUUUACGUGGCGGCAGCAGCAGAGGUGCGAGGGCCUACACCUUAA